GCGGCUCUCGGACGCUACGGCUCGCGAGCGCAGCUAUGGCUGCGGGCGUCCCCUGUGCGGUUGUCACCAGCUGCUCCUCCACCUUCUCCGGAGACCGGCUGGUCCAGCAUAUCCUUGGAACAGAAGAUCUUGUUGUGGAAGCAGCUGCCGAUGAUGCUGUGAGGUUUUAUCCCUGGACCAUUGAUAAUAAAUACUACUCAGCAGAUAUCAAUCUGUGCGUGGUGCCGAACAAAUUUCUUAUCACUGCAGAGAUCGCAGAGUCUGUCCAAGCAUUUGUGGUGUACUUUGACAGCACACAAAAGUCUGGUCUUGAUAGUGUCUCCUCAUGGCUUCCACUGGCAGAAGCAUGGUUACCUGAAGUCAUGAUCCUGGUUUGUGACAGAGUGUGUGAAAAUGGUGUAAACCGACAAAAAGCUCAAGAAUGGUGUAUCAAGCACGGCUUUGAAUUGGUAGAACUUAGUCCAGAAGAGUUGCCCGAGGAGGAUGAUGACUUCCCAGAAUCUACAGGAGUAAAGCGAAUCAUUCAAGCCUUGAAUGCGAACGUGUGGUCCAAUGUGGUGAUGAAGAAUGGACUUUGCUUUGCUGGUGGUCUGGGGACCCAGGGAACUGCUCCUUCCUCCCACCAGGCUUUUCAUGAAUGUCUGCCAGCAGAUAGGAACCAAGGCUUUAGCCUUCUUAGCUCAUUGGCUGGAGCAAACCAUAGCAUUGGGUCAGCAGAUAUGUGUGCCUCAGAGCAGCCCCAUUUGCCAGCAGCAGCGAGGACUGAAUCUCUCUUGGAUCAUCGGGGCGGUGCAUCUAACACAACAGACACUCAGGCUGAUAGCGUCGUGGAUUCCAUGUUAGAUCUGGAUAUUCAAGAAUUAGCCAGUCUUACUACUGGUGGAGGAGAUUUGGAGAAUUUUGAAAGACUGUUUUCAAAGUUAAAGGAAAUGAAAGACAAGGCUGCGACGCUUCCUCACGAGCAAAGAAAGUUGCAUGCAGAAAAGGUGGCCAAAGCCUUCUGGAUGGCAAUUGGGGGAGACAGAGACGAAAUCGAAGGCCUUUCCUCUGAUGAAGAACACUAAAUCGCCCGCGCUAGGGUUUGACUGCCUCAGACUCUUCCCUGCUGCACCCAGUUCUGUUUGGCCAGACUUCCCAGCAUCCUGUUGGCCUCCUGGCUCAGUUUUAGGGCUGUCUUACUUUUAGUUUUUAGUAGGGGUAGUGGGGCUUUUCUCCCUCAGUACAGUGGAAGGGAGCGAGGAAGGUAAUGCCAGCAAGGAGUGACAGUUUUCCUAGUACAGAGGCCUGGGUGGUUUGCCCCAGCUGCAGGAGGAGGCCACCAUGCCGUUCCCGGCCCACCUUUCGCAGAGUGUCCUCUGCAGUCACACUCUGUCACUGUGUAUCAGGAGCUGGUGCCGCGUUUCCUCAAGCUUCUGGAUUUUCUGCCUGCAGGGAGCUUGCCCACCCUGAGCUUUGGUGCUUUUGAUGGUAGGGAAGGAAGCAGUAGACUUGAUUUGUGCCACGCGGUAGGUGGGCCCAGAGUCAGUGGCUCUUAGCUCAGUCUCGCGCAAAAAAAAGUCUCUGGCCGUUUCCUGUGAAAGGGUGUCUCAGCUCACACCAGAAACUACUGAGAAACAAGGGUGAAUUUUUAGACAAUGUUAGAGGAGGCCAAGGUGUCCUCCUCUGGUAGGGAUAAACAAACCCAUCUACCAGGUUGCUCUUAUGGGGGGGCGGGGGUUGUGUUUAAGAGAAAGAAACUUCAGGAAUUCCCUGUUCGGGGCCACUGAAGCAGUCUGUGACCUUAUCUGGAGGCUUUUGCAUUAGUCCUACCAGGAGGAAACUCGUCUUCCUGAGAGCUCAUGAGAUAUCAGAGCUCUGCUGUCACACUUUAUACCCUCAAAACAAGGCAACUUUCCCCUCUUUGUCUCUGAGAACCCAACAGAUCACUGCCAGCACGGUCACACUGCAGGGUGGGUGAGCCGGAGAAGGAGGGAAAGGAUGUGAGAGGUUAGGUGGUGAAGCUCUGAGGGCCAGUGUGACGUGCAGGGCUCGGAGUGGGGGCUCAGUUUCGGGGGAGCCGAUCCCCACAGGGAAUGUUUCCUAAAGAAGGGUGGGAAAUAUAGCAAAUAAAAAUCCCUAUUUCUGUGUUUGUAGACACUUGGGAAUGUAUGACAUUGACAGUCACUGUGGUAGCCAUUGCCACGGUUCUAGCCUGGUGCAUGGUCCCCCAGCUGCCUGGUUGGUGCUGGCAAACGGGCUGACAGCCACUCCUGGCUUAGCGUGGACUGUGAAAUCCUUAGGUCACCAGCAGAAACAAGCUUCAGACCCCUCUGUGCCCCACUAAUCUCUGCAGAAGGAAUGGUGGGACGAGUGGAAUGCUCCAGGUCCUGGGCCAGGGCAGCCUUGACCAAGGAGGGGAAGGUUUCAGUGAUUGGAGCAUUCAGGAAGAGCCAUCAUUGCAGGCAACAUUGGCAGUUAUCUUGCUUGGUGACCCUUUCUCCCCCCUUUCCUUUUUCUUUUUUUUCCCCUCCUCUUUUAACUAUUCUGAAGGUCUUUGAGACAAUAGUUGAUCACCAUUCCAUCAUCUUUGAGGUGGCUGUAUUAGCUGUUAAGAAUGCAAGGGAAGUUGGCUCUGGGGUUGCGAAAUGAAAGGCAGAAUAUUCUUAAAACAUGAAGUGUUUCAGAAAAUAUAUCAGGUCACAUGGUUAGGGAACACAGACUAGAAAAAGCUGUGAAUGUGAUUUUCUGGAUUAAACAAAGCCAGGUGAUUAAAAUAUGAUUUAUUUAUAAAGUCUG